AAAGAACCAUUUUUGAGAGUGAGGGAGAGAAGUGGUUUACGUGCAACACCAAAUCCCCCUUUUUCAUUCAAGAGAGAAGUUUGUUGGGAGUUUUUUCUUUUUUUUCUUUUUAUAUUAAUUUGAUCUCACCAAAGUCUACCAUGUCUAUCUGCAGCAGCAUCUUUGUUCAUCUCCAAACCUACCCCUUUUAAUCCAUCCAUGUGUUCUCUGAAUCUGCACCUGGCGAUGGAGGAUUCGGAUUUUGAGAAAUUGGUCAAGAGGAGAAGAACACAACUUCUUGGGGAUGAUCAACAGAUAACCGGUAUGGAAAAAAUUCCCAUGGAAAUCGUUGCUGAUAUUCUCUCUAGGCUGCCAAUCACCUCUCUAGUGCAGUUCAAGUUUGUCUGUAAAGCAUGGCGGUCCUUGGCUCAAGAUCCCUUUCUGGCUAAUAACCAUCUCUCCUGCUAUGCUGAGACCAACCCAUGUCUCAUCCUUCACUGUGAUUUCCCUCUCCGAAACCAGCUUUACUUUGUGGAUUUAUCAACGGAGAAUCUUGACAAAGAGAAGGUAAAGAAAUUGCAUGCUCCUUUUCAAUCUACCAUGCCUGAAUUUGAUUUAGUAGGAUCAUGCAAUGGUUUGCUAUGCCUGUCUGAUUCGUUAUACAAUGAUGCACUUUAUGUUUAUAAUCCUUUUACCAUGGAUUAUAUGGAGCUGCCUAAGUCUAAGAAGUAUCCCGAUCAAGAAGUGGUGUUUGGAUUUGGGUUCCAUCCGAAGACUAAGGAAUACAAAGUAGUUAAGGUAGUCUAUUAUAGAAAUACUAGUAACAGGAAUUACCAACGUGCUCGCCGGAUAAGUCAUGUUUAUCCCCAAUCAGAUGUUCAGGUUUUAACUCUGGGUAGCUCUUCUUGGAAGAGUUUAGGAAAAGUAGCAUACCAGUUUAUCCGGCGACCAUCUGAAGCUUUAGUUAAUGGAAGGCUUCACUGGAUCACCAGGCCGCGGAGGUAUCAUCCAGCUCGCAGGAUCAUCUCGUUUGACUUGGAAGAUGAGCAGUUCCGGGAGGUUCAGAAACCUGACUGUGGUGGUCUGAACAGAUGCAAUUACCAUCUGGUUGCUUUGAGAGGAUGCCUUGCUGCAGCUGGUUAUGGCAAUUAUGGGAAAUUGGAGAUGUGGGUUAUGAAAGAAUACAACGUGAAGGAGUCUUGGGAGAAAAAAUUCAGCAUUGGAUCAUACAUGCCAAAAGGGUUGAAACAAAACCUGGAUAGACCUUUCAAGCUCUGGAAGAACACCCAUGGAAGUGUUGUUAAGUUUCUUUGUCUGUUGGAGAAUGGAGAGAUAUUGCUGGAGUAUAAGAACAGAGUGUUGGUUUCUUAUGAUCCAAAGACAGGUAAAUUUAAGGACAUGGCUUUUCAAGGGAUCCCAAAGUGGUUCCAAACAGUUGUUCAUGUUGGCAGCCUCAAUUGGUUUGACACCUCUCAGCCCACACCAUAACUAAAGUGCAGAAAAGAAAAGAACUGGCUUCUUGCUUUGUGAGUUUCCUCUGCACAGAGAUUAAUUUCUUUUGUUUUGUGUUUCAUCUUACAGUAUAAUCAUUUGUGGUUAUAGAAAUGUCAUACACAGAUAUUUUGUAGUUGAAAACUUUAAAUUGUUAAUUCUGCUUAAUAAUAUGAAUCUUUUAUC